CACACACAUUUGUAUAGAGAGAAGGAGGGAGACGUGCGACAGAGGAGACUAGAAAGAGGCAUCACAGUAAUAAAGACAUAGAGGAGAGGAGAAAUUUCAUUCAAUAUUUGAUAGAUUUAAACUCUUAUACGCUGGAAUAAGGAUGGGAAUAUCACUUACAGUCGUCAUCUGCUUACUGACAGGUAGGGACAUUUUUACCACUUUUUUCUGACCCUUUUCUCUCACAGGAAGCAGCAUUUAUCAUUAUUUUUGUGUGCACAGGCGUGUUUGAAUGAUUGAUCUACUAUUUUCUCUGACAGGUAGUUUGAGUCUUCAGUGUGCUUCAGGGAACAAAGGUACUGUCAACACAUGUAUGUAGAUCAGACACAUAAAACCCAAUACAAAAUAUUUUUUAUAAAGGCAUGAAGCUUGAUUGAUAGGAAAAGAAAAUGGCUUGUAAGCAAUAAAUACAGUAAUGACCAUUCAUGGGAAGUUUUUCCUUUACUCUUUUCUAGAGCUGAGUGGUCAAUGUUACACCUUUGCUACAUGUCAUUUAACUUUUGAUCUCACACCAAAUGUACCUUAUGAGCUAACAUAAAAAUACAAAAAGCACUGUGAUCAGUUAAGGGGAUAUGAUGACAAAUAAAGAAUGAUUAUCCAACAGUACUGAGCUUGAAAUUGGGUUCCUCAUUACAAACUACUACAUCAUAACUUUUCUUACCAGUGUUUUUAAAAAACGCCCAAAGAAGUCCCUCCCUCCACAAUGACUUCAUUGUUUGGUAUCUCACCCUCAGGUUUUUCAAAGGGUAGUUGUCUGUUUUAUUUGUACAAAAGAGAGUCAUCUGGUAGUGUUUGUCUCUGUUUUCCUCUUGAUGGUUUGAAAUGGUUGGAGACCAGAAUGUCAGUAAAAUCUUAUAUAACCACACUUGUUCUGCUCCGAUGAAGCAGAGCAACAAGAGAUAAGAAAUUAUUAAAAGUAAUGUGUUGUCUAUAGACUGUAUGAGACAUGGACGGUAAAUUCCUUCUCCAGAGUUGAAGCCAACUUACUAUUAUUUGAGCUCCCAAACAUUAUUUUUGUUACAGCAAUUCCAACCUUCUGGUUUAUGUUCAUUUUUCUUGGACCUCAAUAUAUCUUGUCGUCUUGGCUAAAUAUGUGUAUUGCGGAUUUCCCAGUACCUUAAAAAGAUGCUUGAGGCAGAGAACAGCUCCCAUAUAUUUGUGUUAUAGCCUCUGCUGUUCCAAAGAAGCACCCACAGUUCAGCGAGGGUUUGGAAAUUUAAUAACACAAAAAACACUUUUACAGUGGCCAAUGAUUUACACGCGCACAUCAGAUGUUGUAUGUGUACACUUUGCAAUGUGUAUUAUUGCAAACGAAGUACAAAUAAAAUGCGGUCAACAAAAAUUACGGCUGCCUAGGCUCACCUCUCCACCCUAGUGCAGGUAAGACAGUCCCUUAUACAACCUACCGGCAGUCAAACACAGUGCCAACAUGACCCGAAACCCAGUGAAAUUGAAAACAGGAGAACCGAUCAGCAAAGCCACUAUAUGGCCCCUAUAACUUGUAUCUCUUUGUAUCACAGGGAUGCCUAAAACAUGAUCUGAAAAGGACGUUGUCACAUUUCAGAAACACACACUCCCUCUUCACUACAUGGAGGAACAUUUAACUGAACUCUGUUACUGUUUGCUGAAUCACACUGGGUCUGAAUAUGAGCCUGAAUAAAUCAUUGAUCAUGUUUUAGUAGAAGUAGACGUGUGCCAUAGUGUAGCUUGGCUGUGUUAUGCUAACCAUCAGCAGGUGUUAUCCUAAGUCUUGCUGCCUUGUCAAAGACUGCUAGUGCAGUCAAUAGAGACCUGAUUCCUCGAGAAAUCUGACUUUUGUUGUUAUUAUACUUGGAGAGUUAUGUUUUAGUUGUGUCAGCUGAUCAUCAAACAUCCUUAUAUUAGCUGUGCAGACAAUGUGCUUCAAGAAGAGAAGGGUUUUUCUGCCCUUCUUGUGUCCACACAGCAUUUCGUUUUAAUAGCAGGUUGCUAUAAGGCACUUUUUUUUUUUUUUUUUUGCUAACAGGAUUGCUAACUGCUAGCUCUUUGGCGUCCUGCCAGAGAUUGUAAACAGAGUCCUUCAGUGCACCUGACAUGCACCAGGUGGAAAAAAAAAAAAAUCCAAUGGCAAUGAAGGAGAUGAACAGAGGCAGUGAGAAUUUAUACUGGCACUCUUGUUGCAGAUAAAUUGGUUUAAAAAUGAAAACAAACAGUGAUUUGACUAGAUGUCCACCUGAACAGAACCAACUGUUUUGUCUUGUCAUAAUUCGCCAGAGUUUGUCAUAUACAUUAACAGUGCUGUGGAUCUUUUUUUUAUUUAUCUGAACGAUGCCAAGUAGGACAUAUUCAGCUCAUAGAAGUUCUCAUGGUCUCGGCAUCAGUUUGUAAGAGGUUUGCUGAAUCCAAAAGCACAAUAUUAGAUGGGGAAAUGAGUAUUAGUUUCUUUACUCAUGUAUUUGUUUAUUUUUGAUUACUCUAACAGUGGGCUUUGAACACAUGACCUUCACUUCGAGUGGAAAAAUGUGGUACUAAAAUGUGGGAGAACUAGAUUAACAGACCGAUUUGCUGUAUCUGAAGGAAAACUAUGUUUCACAGUAAACUUUAAAGUUCAUAGUCACAGUUCAGCUCUUUCACAGGUGACAAUACACCACUGAACCUGACAGCGUAUCAGGGAGGCCUUGUUACUAUCCACUGCAAAUAUCCAAAAGCUGAAGGAAGCAGCAUACAACGCUUCUGCAAAGAAGAUGUAAAGUUGGAUUGCUUAGAGCUGAUAUCAACUCACAAUGCACCAAUCACAGAGAAAGAGAGAUACUCUCUGACAUAUGACAAACAGCAUGGAGUCUUCAAUGUGACUAUUAGCCAGGUGGCCCUGGAGGAUGCUGGGAGAUACCGCUGUGAGGUGCAGAAAGAUAGCACUACUGUGUAUUUAACAGAGAUCAAUCUGCAGGUUAUAAGUGAGUAUUUAUCCGACUAUAAUUAACCGACAUUAAAUCUCACCAAUAAACCAACACAAAGUUACAAAUGAGAAAUUUGGUUAGCAGAAAAGCAGCUUUACUGACCUGAGUUAACUUUUAUUUCAGACUGGGAUGACAUCCCAACAAAGACACCGUCAAGUGACUCUGGAAAAAAUGUCAAAAUCGACUGUCCCUAUCCAGAGACCCAUGCAAACAACAACAAAUUCCUGUGCAAAGGGCAGAAUCCUUUCAGCUGUGACAAGCUGAUACAAACCACAGAAGAGGACAGAUAUGUGGAAAACGGCAGGUUUAAAAUAAGAGACAGCAGCAGGCAGAAUUACUUCUAUGUGUAUAUCAGAAAUCUCAGUUCUGCGGACUCUGGGGUGUACUGGUGCGGUUCUGACCCCACAUGGCAACAGACUGAAUUUAACAAAUUCCUCCUUUCCCCUGGUAAGUACAUGGAGCAGCUAAGUGCCACCGACAAGCAUAUUUGCCUCACAAAUAUCAGUAAUUUAUUCAAAACAUUUCAAUACUUCUGCUGACAAUCAUGAAUGAGUUUCUUACCCCAUUUCUUCCUAUACAGUCCUCUUUUCAAACACAACUUCAUAGUGAGAGCUGGUAAACAGGACCACAUGAAUUAGCAUUGCACCUGAUCGAGUUCCUCUGCAUCUUUGCUGUCCUGAGUCUGAGACACUUUUUCCUUAACACUUCUCAGACAUCCCCAUAUCACAUUUUGUGUGAGGUUACAAUGUCAGUUUGGGUGUUGAUAUAAUUUCUCAUCUCUGUAAGAAAUUGCUGUUUACCUCUUGGUUACUCAGGUACUCCACACAGAUGUGAAAUAAUGUGAUGUUUUGCAUUUAUGUGACAGAAGCCUGACUGCUACUUUAACCACUUUUGAGACUAUUUAAGACUUUUUAAGACACUAGGAUUUGUUACUAUCUGACCUGAACUUCAUAUCUCCAAAAUCACUGCUAUCCAGGAAAUUAAAAAACAUGUGUUUUUCCAAAUAUCCAUCUUUUUUAUACUUUCUAUUUGCAGAAUUUUUGUUGGGCCCAGGAAGUGGAGAUACAGGUGAAUAUGGAAAUACAAGGUUUCUGACUGGCAGUGACUAUUUGAUAGUUCACCGCCAAUAUGAGCAAGGAAAUAUUCAAAUUGUUUCUCAUUUUCUUAACACAUCUGUAAAAGUAUUUUAUUUAUUUAUCUUAUUUAAUCUUUACUCCACAAGAUAAGUCCCACUGAGAUCAGGAUCUCAGUAUAAUGAUAGUGAUAAAGUUUUGAACCUGUAAAACCCACAGGUGAGAGAGGUGAUGGGGCAAGCUUCCAGCAUACAACAUGUAUGAGCAUGUGUUUCUUGAACGCAGUGAUUUCACCCUUACUCACUUUUAACUCUUCACCUUGGCUCAAAAGGAAAACACAUCAAAUCAGGCCUGCCAAGAGAUGCUACCCAAGAAGAUCAACAACCCAUCCAACCAGAAGUCAAGUCUUCACUCGAAGGUAAAGUAAAUUUUUUUUUUUGUUUCUGUUGACAGGCUACAUCUGUUUUUCAUGCCUCCCUGUGUACACAAAUGGUUGUACUGCACAACUUAAAUCUAUGAAAAUAGAGCAUGUACUGAAUGUUUCAGUCCUGUGGUGUCUUCUCACAGGUUUGAUUGGCGGCAUUGCUGGGUUUCUGGUGUUGUCACUGAUACUUGUGGUUGUAAUUGUACUGUUCAGAAACAAGAUCCCCCGGACACAAGGUGAGGGUGGAACAUAUGAGAGUAAAACAAAGCCUGAAAAGUGUAAAUAAAGCCAAGUCUCAGCUCAGAUUUCAUGAGUAACAAGACACAUUUUAAAGAAUUAGUCUGACCUCCAAAGAACUUAACAAUCAACUUCAUGGGUCCAGUUUUGUAGGACUGACCCAACAAAGUUUGCAUAUUUUUACAAAUCUGCAACAUGAUGUUUUAUCUCAGUAAAAUUAAAACCUGUUCAACUUAAGUAAAUGACAAGAAAAUAGACUUUUAGGGGAGGGCUCAAACCACCAAAGUUGGCCAGAGUGGAGUCUCUAUACAGUAUAAUGGACUUUUGAACUAAGACCUGUUAAAACAGAUUGUUCAUCCAGUCUUAGAGUCGAAUCGGCCUAAAAUGAUGGUGCUUAUGUUACUGACACAGAAGAGGAAGUCUUGGCUGAAAGAAACUUCAGUUAAAUGAAAAUAAUGGUAUUGGUUGCCGCAGAAACACAUCACGUAGCAUCACUGGGCAAUUAUUAACAAGAAAUUCUGAUGGGCUCUGAAACUGUUCACCAUUCAAAAGUGAACCUUUAAAAGGGAAGUACCUUUUACCUGGUUUAUUUCCAAAGACCAGCAAAGAGUGACUGUCAACGUUGUAAAAAUUACUUGGAUUUUACAAAACCAGAGGAAAGAAUAAGCUUUUGUCUUUGAUCGUGUAUUAUCCCAAUCUUGAACACAGUCUUGGAAACAACUUUUUCAUAUUGAAAUAAACAUAUUUACUUGCAGUAUAAUUUUAACUGCAAUGUGUAGCUUUAAAUGCAGAUAAAUAAAGAUACAACCAGUUACGGAGGUGUUUUUUUUUUCUUUGACAGUUUGUUGUGGAGCAAGUGGACCAUCAGAGCAGAUAAGAAACACUGGACAAAACUCAGAGGUAUAUGUGUGUGUGUGUGUGCAAGUGUGUAUAUAUGUGGUGUCUGUACCCACGAGUUUGCAUAUCAGAAACAUGACUGCAUCUAUCACACAUUUCCACUUCUCUACCUGCAGGGAAAUCAUGAGGAGCCUCAAUAUGAGGAAAUACAGGAGCAGAAAACGAGCUUAGGAGAUACAGCGCAGGCUGUUUACACCACUGUCGACCUCCCUACAGACCAGCUCCAUUAUACCACCAUCAGCGCCCACAAGGACCGUGUUAGUGACUCCACAGAUGAGGCUACACUCCCUGACACAAAUAAAAUGGCUGCUCGGCAAACCUCACCGGUUGUGAUUUAUUCCCCAGCAGUAGAUCAGAUUGUGUACUCCACAGUCUCAAUGCCUGGGGAACAAUGAGAUAAAAAGACUCAAAGCUGUUGAUGUCAGCUGUCAUAGUCAUAAUCUGAUCCCAGCAAACUUGAUACCAUAGGACUGAAUCUGUAGUGAUGAAAUACAAUGUGACAUGAUGUGAUAAAUGACUGAUAGGACAAGAUAAUAAGACAUGAUACUGUAUGAUUUAAUAUUAUAUAAUACAAUAUGAUACACUGUAUGUGGGAUUUGAUGCAGUAUGAAACAUUACGAUAUGUACCUGAUAGGGUGUGACAUAAUUUUAUAUAUUUUAUAAUUUUAUUACAAAUGUUAAAGGACUACAUGCUGUUCAAGACUUGCUUUUGAUCUCUUUUGUCGAUAUCCACAAAGCUGCAUAAAAGUGGACUCUAUUGUUUAUAUUGUGUAGUUUGUGGCUAACAUAAAUGCAGAUGCUCAACAUAUUUAAUCAAUGCAGUGCAAAAAUAAACACGAAUAGGCUUUGAUGUGAUUAUUAUAUGUUUUAGUGUGGUUUUUCAUUGAGUAUUUACCUACACUUAUUUGCCAAGGUCAGUGGAUGCUCUUCUGUUCUGUACAUAAAACCAUAUAAACGUUGUUGAGACUGUCAUUGUAAAACCAUCACUGGUGCUUAAACUCUCAAACCUGAGCAAUGUACAGGACCAGGUGAGAAAUAUAGAAAAGCAGGGAAAUUUGGAAUGACUGGAAUAAAAUGAUUCGGCAUGUUCUUACUCGUCAUUAUCUGUUAUUAUCUGUCAUAGAAAAAAACUACUUCUACCUUCUGAGGAACUACAAAUGCCUCCAUAGAAACUUCUUUUACUUAUUAUGAAGUGUCCCAUUUGGUCAUACCUCAAUGUUUGAUUAAACAAUAAAAAUAUCUUAAAGUCAA